ACAAUGCACAUUCAGCGAAAGUUCCAUUUCUUGCGCGACAAUCUGGUGGCUACAGGAGAAGCUGAAAUACAAUGGGUACCUACGGAGGAAAUGGUAGCGGACAUUUUUACAAAGGCCUUACCUCGAGAGAAACACUGGAGGUUUAUGCGGGCUAUGGGUCUUAGGCAGCGCUUGAGUGGGAGUGUCGGAAUGCGGUCAGGUGACGUGUCAGAUUAG